GUCAGACAUUUCCUUAUUUAAUUUUAUUAUAGUAAGAUAUUUUAAUUUCUCACUAUCAUUUUCUUAUUCACCAUUUUCCCACACCAACUUUCUCAGAAAUUCAAUCAAUGACCAAUCAGUCAAUGACCCAUGACCAGAGCAUGUGCCACUGACAUUUCUCCUAUUUCAUUUUAUUGUAGUAAGAAUUUUCUUGCAACCUGAGCUUGCUUUGCUGUUUGCCAAAAAACCUUCCUUCAUUUCCCUUGAUUUCUUUCGUUCCGAAGAAGAAAAACAUGGCUGAGGUGGGCUUGGCAUUUCUCUCUGCUUCACUCAGCGUGUUGUUUGACAGAAUAGCAUCUCGUGAGGUGCUUAACUUCAUGCAGGGAAGAAAACCAACCGAAGUGCUCUUAUGGAAAUUGAAGAAUGCAAUGCGGUCUGUGAAUGCUGUGCUUGAAGACGCGGAGGAAAAGCAACUUACGGAUUCUGAUGUGAAAGACUGGGUUGAUGAGUUGAAGGAUGUUAUCUACGACGCGGAGGACAUCUUCGAUGGGAUUGCUACUGAAGCCUUGCAAAGUAAUCUGCAGGACGCUGAAUCUCCUACCCGGGUAGAAACUUUCCUAGACUACAUCUCUAAGCCCUUCCGUGAGCCGGCGCCUUUUUCUGGAAAGGUAGAUCAAAAAAUUGAAGAGGUAUUUGAAAAGGUAGAUAAAAAAAUUGAAGAGGUACUUGAUAGACUUGAAGAUCUAACAAAGCAAAAGGAUUGUAUGGGUCUGCAAGUAGGAGUUCGAGAAAAACAACAUCCAGAAAGGUCGUCCACUUCCUACAUCUCAGAGUCCGACACUUUUGGUAGGAAUGAGGAUAAGAAAAAAGUAAUUGACUUUUUGCUCUCGUCUGAUGUGAGUGGCAAUGAAAUGUGCGUGAUUGCCAUCGUUGGCAUGGGGGGAAUCGGCAAGACUACCCUUGCUCAACUGGCAUACAAUGACAGUCUGGUGGAGCAACGUUUCAACCUUAACGUAUGGUUUUGUGUUUCAGAAGAAUUUGAUGAGCUCAAGGUAGAGAAAUCUAUUAUAGAGGCAGCAACUUUGUUACCUUGUCCUAAAUUUGAGAAUCCAGAGCAACUUCAAGUUAUACUAAAGGAGAAUUUGACGAGAAAGAAAUUUCUCCUUGUUUUGGAUGAUGUAUGGAGUGAGAAACCCCGUCAUCAGGAGUUCCUAAGCCAACUCUUGCACUAUGGGACUCGAGGAAGUAAGAUCCUUGUCACCACAAGGAAUGAAAGCGUUGCAUUGGCCAUGAAGGCAACUGCAACUCAUCAUCUAAAGCUAUUACCAAAUGAUGAUUGCUGGUCCCUUUUCGCAAAACAUGCAUUUCGUGAUGGUAGCUCCAACGUAGAUCCAGAGAUAAAAGAUAUUGGUAGACAAAUUGUGAAAAAGUGCAAAGGUCUACCUUUAGCAAUCAAAGCUAUUGGCGAUCUCUUGUGGUCUGAAUCAAAUGUGGAGAGAUGGACGAAUAUAUUGAAGAGCAAUUUAUGGGAUCUUCACAUGAAGGGGACAAACAUUCUUCCGGCUUUGAGGUUAAGUUAUAAGUAUCUCCCCUCAUAUUUAAAAAGAUGCUUUGCUUAUUGUUCGAUAUUCUCAAAAGAUUAUAUCUUUAAAAAAGAUGAAUUAGUUCUAUUAUGGAUGGCGGAAGGUCUCUUGCAACAAUCCGAAAUAGAAACUAUGGAAGAAGUUGGCAAUCGUUACUUCGAUGCUCUUGUAUUAAGAUCAUUAUUUCAACAAUCACUUGAAACUAAGUCAGGUUUUGUAAUGCAUGAUCUUGUCAACGACUUGGCAAAUUUCGUGACUGGACAAUUUGGCUUUACGCGGUUGGAGGGUGAUAGUUCAAAAGAAAUGGGGAAGAUGACUCGCUAUUUAUCAUAUUUUGGUGGAAGUUCGGAUAGCUUUAAGAAGAAUAUUGAAAAGGAUCUUUACGAGAACAAGCAGUUGCGCACUUUCCUAGUAUUAGACUCUGAUGAAUGGAGUGAAAUCAAAAUGCCAAGGGCACGGUGCUUAAAAAUUCUUUCUCUAUCUGGGAUGAUGCAGCUAACUGAGUUGCCUGAUUCAAUUAGCAAAAUGAAACAUCUACGUUAUUUAGAUUUUUCUGUCACAGAUAUUAACAGAUUGCCAAACUCCAUAUGUAUGCUGUACAAUUUGCAAACGUUGAAGUUAUCAUGCUGUAGGAAGUUGGAAAGAUUGCCAAGAGAUAUGAGGAAACUCAUUCAUUUACGUCAUCUUGAAAUUGAUGAAACUGACAAAUUAAAGGAGAUGCCGAUACAAAUGGGUAGAUUGGAAUGUCUCCAGACAUUAUCCAAAUUCGUUGUCAGCAAACAUGACAGUGGGCCUAGCAAUAUUGGAGAAUUGGGAAAACUAAUAAAUCUUCGGGGAAAAAUUUUAAUUCAACAGCUCCAAAAUGUUAGAUUAGCUGAUGAUGCUUUGAAUGCAAGCUUGAAGGAUAAGCGUUACCUCGAGGAGUUGGUGUUACAAUGGAAUCCUCCAGAAGUACUUGAUAUUUCGGAAAGUCAAGUAGGUGUAAUUGAAAAUCUGCAGUCCCAUGAAAAAUCAGAAGAAGUACUUGGUAUUUCAGAAAGUCAAAUAGGCGUAAUUAAAAAUCUACAGUCCCAUGAAAAAUUGAAAAGUCUUACCAUCGACUGCUACGGCGGGAGUGGUUUUCCUGAUUGGAUAGGACUACGGCUUCCUUCAUUGUCUAGGUUGAACUUAAUUGAUUGCAAAUGUUGUAGUGCCUUGCCACCCCUUGGGCAGCUACCUUCUCUUAAUGAGCUCUACAUUGAUGGGUUGGAUGGAGUUGUUACUGUGGGUCCAGAGUUUUAUAUAAAUAGUUGUUCUUUUCGGAAUCCAUUUGGAAGUUUGAAACUUCUAAAGUUGAAGAAUAUGGAGAAUUGGAAAGACUGGUUUCAUUGGAAUGUCCAAAAUGAAGUCAACACUUAUUUUCAACUCGAAGAGUUGUAUAUUGAGAAUUGCCCCAAGCUGAGAGGAAGGUUGCCUGUACAUCUUCCAUCUUUAAAAAAACUUGAGAUUUAUGAUUGUCAACUUCUCAAGGAUUUGCUCUCCAUAAAAUAUUUCCCAGUACUUACCCCUAAGGAAAUAACCGGGUUUGAUAAUUUGGAAUCAAAUCCACUUCCUGACCAACGUAAACAUGAUGGAAAAGUGGACUUUAAUAGUUGUCUUCAAGAACUACGAAUCUAUAGGUGUUCCUUGCUCGUGUCCCUUCUCAAGGAAGGUUUACUCUCUACAUUGAAAGUACUUGUGAUCGAUGAUUGUAAUAAGCUGGAGCUCCCCAUGCAGGGGGAUCAUACAUCCCUUGAAGCAUUGGAAUUGGUGAAUAGUCCUGAUUCUCUAGUGUUCUUUCCAUUAUACCGAUUCCCAAAUCUGACCAAUGUUAAGAUCUCUUCAUUUCGAAAUUUGGUAUCUUUGGACAAGGAGGAGUUUCAACACCUCACUUCCCUUCUACAAUUGGAAAUCAAGGACUGUCCAAUGCUCAGGUACAUGCCAGAAAAGGGGUUCCCAGACUCCCUUCGUUUUUUACAGAUAUGGAAUUGUCCUGUGUUGGAGGAAGAGUUGAAAAGGAAAGAAGGAGAAGAACGGCUUAAGGUGGCUCGCGUCCCCAAGAUAAUUAUUGAUGAUACCGAACUCAUUCAAGGAGAUGACACAUUUCCAGCUUCCAGAAGUCCGUAUGAUCAAUUUGGUCCAAUGGUCAUGGAGUCCUCCGAUAUGGUACCGGACGAAUCUGAUCGUGAGUCGGACAAUUGCAUUGUCAAGUUGGUGGAUGAUGGAAUAGUGGACUUUAAUAAUUGUCUUCAAGAACUUCGAAUCUAUAGGUGUUCCUCGCUUAUGUCCCUUCUCAAUAAAGGUUUAUUCUCUACAUUGAAAGUACUUGUGAUCAAUGAUUGUAAUAAGCUGGAGCUCCUCCCCAUGCACGGGUAUCAUCCAUCCCUUAAAGCAUUGGAAUUGGUGAAUAGUCAUGAUUCUCUAGUGUCCUUUCCAUUAUACAUAUUCCCAAAUCUGAUCAAUGUUAAGAUCUCUUCAUUUCGAAAUUUGAUAUCUUUGGACAAGGAGGGGUUUCAAUACCUCACUUCCCUUCUACAAUUGGAAAUCAAGGACUGUCCAAAGCUCAGGUGCAUGCCAGAAGAGGGGUUUCCUACCUCCCUUCAUCUUUUAGAAAUAGAGAACUGUGAUUCUGUGUUGAAGGAAGAGCUGGAAAGGAAAGAAGGAGAAGAAUGGCUCAAGGUGGCUCGUGUCCCCAACAUAAUUAUUGGUUUUCAACGCAUUCAAGGAGAUAAAUACAGUCCAGCUUCCAGAAGUCCGUAUGAUCAACUUGGUUCUCGGUACGCACAGGAUUGUACAGAUUCAGAUUGUAGUCUCAUGUGAAGGUUCUCGGGUAAAGUUAAUUUGAUUCAUGAGAAGGGAAGAUAUUUGCAUUUUGAGAUCAAUCAAGUUUUCCGUGAAGAGAAUGGUUUGGGAGAUGGUUUGGUAAAUUUGGGAGCUGCUAGCUAGAUCAUAUACGUGAGACGUCCCUUGCGUCCGACGUUGCACAACUUCUGGCUAAAUGCUUGCUAAUUCGAUUUCAUUGAUAUAUGGGACUUCAAAAGUGUAUCCUGGCAUCACAGCUAGUUUCACUACAAGAAAUUUCAUUUUUCUCCAAGGGGAAGAUUCUUGGCAAAAAGCCAAUUUUUUUGUGGGUAAAACUUUUUUCCCACCAAUUUGGCCCGUGGGAGAUUUGUGGCGUAUAACUUGCAGUAAAAAGUAUUAUUUCCCAUGAUUUUUCUAACUGGUGGGGACUACAAGUUUUUUUGCCAUGGAUUUGCUUAUUACCCAUGGUUGGGAUGGUGGGAAUUACUUAAUUUUCAUGAAGUGGUCUUGUAGCAAAAUACUUGUCAAAAUUAUAUAAUUACUCUUCUCCCACAAAAUCUCAUCCAUAGGAAAAUGGUUAUUUCCAUGAACAAACUCUAUAGGAAAUGUAUUUUGAAUAAAAUCAUUUUUAUGCUUAUUCCCA